AUGGCGGCGCUUCCCGGCACCGUCCCGAGGAUGAUGCGGCCGGCUCCGGGGCAGAACUACCCGCGCACCGGGUUUCCUCUGGAAGUGUCCACUCCUCUUGGCCAAGGCCGGGUCAACCAGCUUGGCGGGGUCUUCAUCAACGGGCGACCCUUGCCCAACCACAUCCGCCACAAGAUAGUGGAGAUGGCCCACCACGGCAUCCGGCCCUGUGUCAUCUCUCGCCAGCUGCGUGUCUCCCACGGCUGUGUCUCCAAGAUUCUCUGCCGCUACCAGGAGACAGGGUCCAUCCGGCCUGGGGCCAUUGGCGGCAGCAAGCCCAGACAGGUGGCAACUCCGGAUGUGGAGAAAAAAAUCGAGGAGUACAAGAGGGAAAACCCAGGCAUGUUCAGCUGGGAGAUCCGGGACCGGCUGCUGAAGGACGGGCACUGUGACCGCAGCACUGUGCCCUCAGUGAGUUCGAUUAGCCGCGUGCUCAGAAUCAAGUUCGGGAAGAAAGAGGAGGAGGACGAAGCGGACAAGAAGGAGGACGACGGCGAAAAGAAGGCCAAACACAGUAUCGACGGCAUCCUGGGCGACAAAGGGAACCGGCUGGACGAGGGCUCGGACGUAGAGUCGGAACCCGACCUGCCACUGAAGCGCAAGCAGCGCCGCAGCCGGACCACGUUCACGGCCGAGCAGCUGGAGGAGCUGGAGAAGGCCUUUGAGAGGACCCACUACCCAGACAUCUACACCCGCGAGGAGCUGGCGCAGAGGACCAAGCUGACCGAGGCGCGCGUCCAGGUGUGGUUCAGUAACCGCCGGGCCCGCUGGCGUAAGCAGGCAGGAGCCAAUCAGCUGGCAGCGUUCAACCACCUUCUGCCAGGGGGCUUCCCACCCACCGGGAUGCCCACACUGCCCCCCUACCAGCUGCCGGACUCCACCUACCCCACCACCACCAUCUCCCAAGACGGGGGCAGCACCGUGCACCGGCCCCAGCCCCUCCCGCCGUCCACCAUGCACCAGGGGGGCCUGGCUGCUGCUGCUGCGGCCGCGGACACCAGCUCUGCCUACGGAGCCCGCCACAGCUUCUCCAGCUACUCGGACAGCUUCAUGAACCCAGCAGCGCCUUCCAACCACAUGAACCCCGUCAGCAACGGCCUGUCUCCUCAGGUAGAAGGAAAGAAAAAGAUGGAGCAGAGCAGUCGGGUCCCCAGCUGGUCCUUAAGCGUGAGUUUGGAUGGGCAGGUGAUGAGCAUCCUGAGCAGCCCCAGUGCAGUGCCGCCGCAGCCGCAGGCCGACUUCUCCAUCUCCCCGCUGCACGGCGGCCUCGACUCGGCCACCUCCAUCUCGACCAGCUGCAGCCAGCGGGCCGACUCCAUCAAGCCAGGAGACAGCCUGCCCACCUCCCAGUCCUACUGCCCACCCACCUACAGCACCACCGGCUACAGCGUGGACCCCGUGGCUGGCUACCAGUACGGGCAGUACGGCCAGACUGCUGUUGAUUACCUGGCCAAAAAUGUGAGCCUCUCCACACAGCGUCGCAUGAAGCUCGGGGAACACUCCGCAGUGCUGGGACUCCUGCCUGUGGAAACUGGCCAGGCCUACUAGGGCCCCUGGGGCAACUUGCCCCAGCCCAAGUCCCCACCCAACCCUUAACUGAUCCCUGAGCCUUCCAGCCUCAGUCCCCUCAUCCCCCUGGGAUCCCUAGAGGACAAGAAAGGAGGCCUAUUCCCUUUUUGUAGCCAGCCGCCUGGAGAUAUACAGCCAGUCUGUCCAUUUUCUGUGGUUAGAAAUCCAGAGUGAACCCGUUGGAAUUUUUGCUCUCUUGCUCUCUCCCCUGGAGGUUUUCUGGUCAGCCACAGUCCUUCUCGGUCCAAUCCUGUUGGGGCCUCUGUGUUAUCUCGGGCAUGGAGACUGCAGCUUGCCCUGAAUAGAGCACUUUGGGCACCCAGAGGAAGGUGGCACCUGAGACAGAGUCUCAAGAGCCCUUCAGAGUCCACUCCCGUGGGUGCCCCAGCUAGAGGUGAUGAUGCUCACAGGGCCACUCUCAGCUGUAAGUGCAGGGAUCCAGCCCACUGAGCUGGGUCUCUGACCCAGGGCCAAAACCACAGCCUUUCCCCUCUGGACACUGGACUCCCAGGGGAGUCCACAGGACUAUGGUCUCGCCUCCACCCCAUGAGUCCUGAGGACUUCAGGACCCGCCACACACACACCUCUUCCAGGUGUAGGGAGGAAAUCUAGUCCAAGAAGGCCAAGAGGUGGCUGAAGCAGGGGAAAGGAACGUGAGGGUGGGCUUGUCAGCCAUUGGUCAUGCCCUGGGUAAAAGAAGCCAAGCCAGGCCAAGUUCCAACCUUGUCCCACCCCACCUAAGGACCAUAGAACCCUUCAGUUUCUUCUCUGACUGGGUCAGAUGGGCUGGGGAGGGGAUCAAGUCUUGACACGUGAGUGGAGAAUCCCAAGGCAGGCUUGGAAGGUGGGUUUCUAACUGAGAUCCCUUUGCUUGUGGGUGGCAAAUCUUUGUUGUCAAAAAUUGCUUCAAAUUCAUACCUCCAUGGAGUUUCAACUUCUCCCCCAGCCUCUAGAGGAGACCUGACCCUAUCCUGUGCAUGUCGGAUCCUCUAGGAAGAGGGUCUCCAUCCUUAAGCUCCCAGGGGUGCAGAGGGCAGCUUCCCUCAGAGCUUUGGAAGAGGAUUUUUGGACAAGCCAGGGACUGCUUGUACCACAGACUAGAGCACCUACCCGCCCUGGGCAUUUUGGUGGGGGCACCUGGAGUGGCAUCUUUCAAUGUUAACUCACUCUUGGCCGAGAGGCCCCUGCUAAUCCAGCACCACUGAGUAGGGGGCAGAUGUGACCAAUUUGCAAACAAGCACCCCUGGGCAAAGGUUCCAGAGAAGAAGGAAAAGGCACCUUCCUUGACCACUUCCGUGGCUUCCUCAGACUCCCUCAAACUCCAUUCUCCUUAAGAGUUGGGACCUUUGGAGGAUGGUUCAAGACCCCAGUUACUCCUCCUUUGGAACUUCUCAUCAUUUUCACCUAUUUAUCAAAAUUGUUUUCAUCUUCAUUGUCAUCAUUAUUAUAAUCUACACUUGGAUCACCUUUAUCAAGAGCUGCUGGGUAAAAGGCACUUGUGAUGGGAGACACAAGCACCAAAUCCACAAAGAUUGGACCAAAUUGUUUGUUCCCACCUGGGCCCAUGAGGCCACCUCUUCACUUGACCCAUGCCCCCUGCCCUCAGCCAACAAGGCAUUCCUGGAAGGAAGGGCUGCUGCUUCAGGAAUCAACUUGAGUUGCUCUCUACACAGAGGAAGCCAAGGGGCUGGGGAGCUGGGUUGGCAAGAGGCUAGGACCCUUCCCUUCAUGGAUAUUACUUCUGUGACAGACACCCACCUGUUCCUAAUUUCCAGAUCCAGUAAUAUCAAGCCUGUCCUGGCUCAUAACCAAGGUGGUUCAUAUCUUUGGUUUAGAAGAAUCCAUUAGUAAUUGGGGACAAACAGACUCUUUGGUAACAGCGGACACCCAGAUGUGUGUGGCCCAUCAAGUUCAACUAAGGUUUCGGCUGAAACACCCACUGCAGGAGCCUUUUGGCUCUUCAAGCUCUGGACAAAAAGGAAGACUGUGUUGUUCCUUGGUAACUCAUUCCAUGCUUUUGUAGCUGUCAUAGCCAGGAAGAUCUUCCUUCAGAUCAAUCACAGUUUUCAUCCACAUUCCAGGAAUGGUCAAUCCUUCCCCCUGGAGGCCUGGCUCAGAAAAUGUCUGAGUGUUUUUAUACCCUAUGUUACUCAGGAGCAGGGAUCUCAGGCAGACAACAUCAAAACCCCCAGCCCCUCCCCCAGGAAGUGACAUUCCAAUAAUAGGACCAAUCCCAAGUAUCUUCCCUCUAUAAUGAAAUGGAACCAAGUCCUGCUUGGGAAUAAACCAAAUGAUUUCUCAUUGCGUCCAAUUACCUCUGGAGUUCUCCCAAGUCAUCAUCUUUUUAGAAAAUGGGACUUAUCCCAGAGGCCCCAACUCCUCAGAAAGAGACAUUUGACUCCCAACAGGUUUUCCCUAAAACCCUGUGUAUACAUGUGUCUAGCCAACUUGCUCUAUAAAACUCAAUCUUGUGUUGGCAGCUCACAACUUUCCUAGAGAGAUGGUGUUGGAUGAGAGGCACAAGUCCUCAAACUCUUGGGGGUUGACUAGAGCUUGAUAAAGAAGGCCUGAAUCCCA